UCAGAAUGGCUUUGUGUUUUUGUCAUCUGUAUGAAGAGUUCCUCUAGUGAGUCCGGCUAUUCUUUUCAUUCUUACAACUAACAUCACCAAGAUAACCAAUGUCCACUGAAAAUCAGGAAGCCCAGGAGGAUGAACUGCUAGCUCUCAGUAGUAUAUACUCUGAAGAUGAGUUUAAGAGAGCUGACACUGCUUCAGGAGGGGAAAUCCAAGUGUGCCUGGAACUUCCCCCAAAUUUCAAAAUAUCUGUUAAAUCCAGUUCUGCAGCAAACACUAUAGUGGAGAGCUUUGAGGACACAGUUUUCUUUCUGCCACCAAUUGUCCUGAACUUUGAACUUCCUCCAGGAUACCCCUCCACUACGAGCCCCAUCUUCACACUCAGCUGCAAGUGGCUUUCAUCGAAACAGCUUGCGCUUUUGUGCCAGCGUUUAGACGAUUUAUGGGAGGAGAACAGAGGAUGUGUCGUUUUGUUUGCUUGGAUGCAGUUUCUUAAGGAGGAGACUCUGGAGUCCUUGAAUAUAAAAUCACCGUAUGAAAUUAAAUUUCACAGUAAUGGAACACACACCUUGAUGCAGACCCAUGAAAAAGCAAGUCACUGCAUUGCCACAGCCACUCCUGAAGAGGGAGCAGUUGACAGACGUGCUAUCCAGGAUGUCCAAUCUGUGUCUGCCCUCAUCAAACACAUAUUGAACUUUAAUGAGAGUCAGCAGAAGAAAUGUUUUGACAGCAAACCAUUCUUAUGCAAUAUCUGUUUCUCUGAGAAGCUAGGCAGUGAGUGUACGUAUUUUAAGGACUGCAGCCAUGUUUAUUGUAAUAGCUGCCUUAGUGACUACUUUGAAAUUCAAAUCAAGGAUGGACAGGUUCAUGCACUUAACUGUCCUGAGCCCAAAUGCACAUCUGUCGCUACACCUGCUCAGGUAAAGGCACUAGUAGGAGAACAAUUGUUCAGCCGCUAUGAUCGUCUCCUCUUGCAAUCCAGUUUGGACUUGAUGACUGAUGUGGUUUAUUGUCCUCGGCCAAGCUGUCAGACUCCUGUAAUGCAAGAGCCAGGGGGCACAAUGGGUAUUUGCACAAGCUGUCGGUAUGCUUUUUGUACCCUUUGUAGGAUGACCUACCACGGAGUCUCCCCAUGCAAACUAACUUCAGAGAAGCUGCUUACAGUGCGUAAUGAAUAUAUGGCUGCAGACGAGGAUGGUAAGAAAUUUCUAGAGAAGAGAUAUGGGCGAGUCCUGCAGAAGGCAAUGGAAGAACUGGAGAGUCUGGAUUGGCUAGAGCAAAACUCCAAGGCCUGUCCUCGCUGUGGAACCUACAUUCAGAAAAUUGAUGGGUGCAACAAAAUGGUCUGCACUGGGUGCAGACAGUACUUCUGCUGGUUGUGUAUGAGGAUAUUGUCUAGAGGAAAUCCAUACGAGCAUUUUAAUGACCCUUCUUCAGACUGUUUUAAUCACUUGUUUCAUGGAGCUAACGUGGAUGAGGAUCUUUUUGAAUGA